UCUCAGGGUUGGGUUUCUUGUGGAAGGUUUCUCGUGGACUGGCCUCCACUGUAGGGCCUGUAGGGCACCUGAACUGACCUGACCACAGAUCGGCGGGGCGGAAGGUACAUCCGUGUCGAGGGCCAGCCAGUGUUCGCCAUCUACCGCCCGGGCCUCCUCGCUCAGAAGCUGGAGCCGAUGCUGAAGCUGUGGCGGGCCCUGGCGCUGGGCAGCGGGCUGCCAGGCCUGCACAUCGUCGUCACGGUGGGCCGCUUCUAUCGCGUGGAGGAGGAGCGGCGCUGGUACGGCAGCGGGCUCCUGGACGCGGCGCUCCACUUCGUGGCAGCGGACAGGUGCUGCUGGGAGGAGGCGGAGACGAGGGGCAGCGGCGGCAAGGGGCGAGGUCCCGCCAAGAGGCCGGUGGCCACGGGCGCCGACGCACCCUUCGUGGAGCAGCCGGCGCAGUAUUGGGGUGCCUUCACAGGCUUCGACCGGCGCACCCGCGGCGGCAAGCUGCGACCCCAGGACGUGGUGACGCCCCUGGAGUUCGAGAGCGCGCUGGGGGCGUCCUUCGCGGGCAUGGCGCGGCACCCGGAGCGCGACGGGCUCCCUCCCGGACCUGUACUUCGUCGCCGCCUGGAACGAGUGGAACGAGCAGAACAUCCUGGAGCCCGACGACACGUACCGCUUCCAGCUCCUGGAGGCCCUGAAGAGAAGCCUGGAGAACAUCUCCAUGAGAGUGCCACCGCUCUCGCGGUAGGGGGCCGCGGCCGGGCCUCCCGUCCCAGCGGCGCAGCCCACG